ACUAGGUGGCGAUAUAACAUUAUGAGCUACUUCUCAAAGAUCCGAAGAAAACUUCGGCCCUGUGCGCCUGCGCAGCCUGCACAGCUGCAGUUUAACAACAGUCUGGACGGUGUGCCCUAUCAUUCCAAGAUGGCGGACCUCCUAGGUUCAAUCUUAAACUCGAUGGAAAAGCCUCCAACAGUCGGCGACCAGGAAAGCCGACGAAAGGCCCGAGAGCAAGCAGCGCGGCUCAAGAAGAUGGAGGAAGAUGAGAAAAGAAAGAAAGCAGAGUUCAGGAAAAAGAUGGAGAAAGAGGUGUCAGAUUUCAUCCAAGACAGUGCACAACAGAAAAGAAAAUACAAUCCUAUGGGAAAGAUUGAAAGGAGUAUUUUGCAUGAUGUUGCAGAAGUAGCUGGUCUGACUUCAUUUUCUUUCGGUGAAGACGAGGAGAGCCGUUACGUCAUGUUAUUUAAGAAGGAGUUUGCUCCAUCAGAUGAGGAGCUGGAGGCGUAUCGCAAAGGAGAGGAGUGGGAUCCCCAGUUGGCAGAGCAACGACGCAGACUAAAAGAACAGGCCGCUAAAGAAGCAGAGGCCAGUCAGACCGAGAAGUCUGAAACAUGUCCCAACUCCAACUACAGAGACAAGUACAGUCAUCUCAUUGGCACCUCAGCUGCAAAAGAUGCUGCACACACACUAGAGGCCAACAGGGCUUAUGGCUGUGUGCCAGUGGCUAAUAAGAGGGACACCCGCUCCAUAGAGGAAGCCAUGAAUGCAAUCAGAGCAAAGAAACGGCAGAAGCGAGAGGAUGACUCAGGAGUGCACAGCAGCAGUUCCUGAGACUCCACCGUUUUUAUUUUCUGUCGGCUGUUGAGUGUGUGUGAUUCUGUGUGUGUGUGUUAGGGUGCCUGUGUGCACAGUCUAAUUCAUGCUCUACCACAAUAUUGUAUACUUCAGACAUUUUAAAGUGUAACUUAUAUGACAGGUGUUGAAUCUCUGACCUACAGUAAAUAAGUGGAGGAUUCUCAGGUGUGCUUGACCCAGGAUGUGGAUUACUUGUUAAACAUUCACCCAUGAUGUCCUGUCAGUCCUGUCCUUAUUCAUAUACAUUGAGUUUUUUUCUGAUUAAAAACAGUGUUUUGGGUGUUCUCUUACUUAAAAACACCUGAUAUGAUGAGGCAGAAUUUUUAAAGAACAAUUUUAUCUAAACACAUUGAUAGUUUUUUGAGCCCAGAAUAACAAGAAAUGUGUUCUCUGGCUGAAAGAAAGUUUUGCAAUAAAGGUUUUAGGCUGCGUCUAAAGUCCAGUGAUCAGUGUUACAACUAUUUGGUUCAUUUCAAAAGGGAAACAAGAAUAACGUCUCCUUACUGGUCUGGUUUGUUGAGGUUUUUUUUUUUUUCUUUUUUCCAAACUCUGUAAACAUGGAAGCAUGCCAUUUUCUAUCCCAUUUUAGGAACUGUUGAAUUUUGAGAAUCUGUGAUUAAUUUUGGGAUUUUCUUUGUACCAGUACAGCUGCACUGAAGUGUGUUACUACAAAGUAAAAUGUUUUAAUGCCAUGUGAUGGCUCGCAAUAGGAAACAUCAUUGAAAUUACCUCACUCAAUUGUGGGAAGAUUUAUUAUUUGUCUGUUCUGACACAUCUGUAAGUGACAGUUUGUUGGCAUUUUGGUGUCUCUUUAAACAUAGUUGCACUGUUUUAUCCCUUGUGUAGUAAUAAAUGGAUAACAGCA